GAAGAGGAACUGUGACAGGAUAUUUAUGACCAGGAACAAGUUCUCUCACGCCUCAGACGAUUCUUUGGCAGCGCAGAAUUGUACUAAGGACAGGCUGAGCACGAAUGCACAUUAGUAGCUGGAGCCGCUUUAUGUCUGCUAAUCUACACAAGGCAGGGAAGUGCUUGUAUCUUAGUCGUCUCUUACAGGAUGGGUGUGUUUGGGAUCUAAUAGGCAGCAGUUGCUGCCCUGGUGAACUUCAGCCUAUUACUGGGUGUUAAUUAACAAUGGCAAGUGCAGAAAACAUCUAUCGAGAAAAAAUGCAAGAAUUACAAAAGCAGCUGAACAAAGUAAUGCAGACAAUCAAUAACCACUCCAAGGUAGAAGCCUUUCUGAAUUCUCCUUUCGGUCAAUACUUGGAUCAACAUCCGUUUGUUACCCUCUCGCUUUUAGUAUUUGUCUCCCUGUCAGCAGUGCCAGUUGGAUUAUUUCUGACUCUUAUUGUCGGAACAGCAAUUGCUGCCUGUCUUGCAGUCUUAAUAAUAGAAGGUAUUGUGAUAUCCGUCGGUGGAGUAGCAUUGUUCUGUGUCCUCUUCGGGCUUGCUGUUAUGUCACUCGGAGUGGCAGCAGUUCUGUGCGUGUCCUAUGUAGUGGGUUCAAGUAUUUUGAACUACAUGCAUGCAUACAGGAUGGCAGUUGGAACACAGAGAUCUGGACCUAUGUUACCAGCUCGUGAAAUGACAACGGCUGAAAAAUCUUUUAAGACCAGUUGAUAAGGGAUUAAAGUAACUGCAAAUUGCCUUUUUGCUUGUCUGUGUCCAGAAGUUUUCUUCUCAUAUUUACUGACUGUUACAAGAAGGAAAAUGUCUCCUUUGUUGGUGUUUUCCUUCAUGCUCAUGUUAAAGCACUUUUAUUCUCGAGGUUAAUUAUUUUGUAUUGUUAAAGGAAUGUCAAGCAAACUGUCCUUAAGAUGAAAUUCUCUUAUCAUAAGAUGUGUGUGUAAUAUAUAUAUAUAUAUAUAUAUAUAUAUAUAAUAUAUAUGUCAGGCCAUUUAAUAAAGGAUAUCCAUUAUUCUAAGAAUUCUGAGCAGUUGGCUUGCAAAUGGAUUAUCUAUUUCCAUCAAAAAUGUUCAUGGUUUAUUUUAUAAUAUCAAUAUGAUGCUGGCCAGCAAAUCUAUAAAUGAGCUAUAUCCUGUAUAUUGGUAUGCUGUGUAUAUAUUUUCAUUGGACUUGCUGUAAUUUAUAUACAUUUUAUUGGACUUGCUGUAUUCUAUUUACUAGAUGAGUUACCAGCAAAUAAUGACACUAUGGAACAGGAGUAUGUAUCUCUCUGCGGUGAAAAUUGUCUAUCACGAUUCAAUCCAUAUUCUCUGCUGAUGGAAUGUUUGUCUCCAGAAAAGAACAUUAUGUUUGACUGGAAAAUUAGAUGCCAUAUUUUUCUCCAUGACUUAAGCCUUUGUGUCUAAAUCUUGUGUUAUUUUUAUUGGUGGAUACAGCAUAAAGGUUGAAGGCUUAAGCGAUGGGUAAAGUAAGGAAUUAUAAGGUGCUUUGUUGGAUA